AUGCCGUCGUUGUCAUCCUACACUCCUUUCGAAUCGCUACUCUUUUUCCAGUUCCUCAGCACCCUAGAAUCCCGGCCAUCCAACUUCUCGCCUAUAUCAGAGCUUCUGACCAAUAACUCGUUCGUCCGCCAAAAUGCAACCUUCGACAAGGACAGACUGACCCCUCAGGCUCUAGAGGCGCUUUAUACAAAAUUAGUACAAGAAGAGCUGCAAAACAGAGAGGGAACACCGUCGGGACACGGUUCCAAUGGAUGUAACUCGGACGCGGCGAACUCGAAUCCGAAGAAAAGGAAGAUACAGGAUCAGUCGUCCAAACUCGUGCUUGAUGGCGCUUCCUAUUCUGUGGUGAUUCCUACCCUUGUCGCUCGUUUAUAUGCCAGGUACAAGGAACGCGUGACACGGGAGAUUGAAGACGAAGAACAUAAAUACGCCAGAAUCAAAGAGGAAAUCAAGAGGCUGGAGGAUGGGGAACAGCUUCAAAACACCUUUUCGAAAAUAGACGACCCAUUGACGACAUCCGAAAUAUAUAAAGAAUCCCCACAGACAAAACCUUUAUCGCCACAGCCCGUGACGGUUUCUCCCAGUGUCAAUGUAGUCCGAGGCCAGGGAACUGCCCUUGAGGAGGUGCAGGCUCUUCAGACCCCAGAGAAUCCACCACCCGUUUUUGCAAAAGGGCAGGCAGCUGUUCAGCAAGCCCCACAAGCUGAAGGUAAAAACGCAAAGGCAUCACACCCCUCGCCGCUACACUCCCAAUCGCAACAGUGGCAGGAAAGUGGCCCACAUGCUAUCGUCCAAAGUAUCCCAGCUCCCUCCCCUGCCCCAAGCCUGGGAAAUGUAAAUGCUUCCACAACUCCCUCUCAGGAUCAAAUCUCGGACCGUGGCUUGCAAUGCGUCACGUCUAAGGCAGGUCAAUCGGGGGUGAAAACUCCAACAAUUCCUCGUGUAGGAACUGGGCGAGUGGCAGGUCAAGUCUUUACCUCAACCACACCCGCUGCUUCUCAAGCUUCACAACCGCCAUUACAGCCUACGCCCACUGCUACAAGUGGGCCGCGACAACAGCGUACCUCCUUCCAACCUGUUCAAUAUUCCCCUCCCCAGGCUCAAAUGACACUGGCACCUCCAAGCGCAAAUUACCAACAGCCAUGGUCCCCACAACUAAGCCCAUCAUCCCGGCAUAUGCAGUUGUCUCCCUAUGCCAACAUGCCUUCUUCAAACAGCCAGCUUAUGGGCAAGUCCCCACUGUCGCUUGGCCAUGUCCAGCCAAACGUGGGCAAAGCACUCCAAAAUCCGUCUACGCCUUCACGCCAACCAUCGCGGGCAGGAGAGCUUGAGUCACCUCAGCAGAUAGAAAACGACGUUAGAGUUAAGACAACGUCGAUGGAGCCGCUUCCGGCAACACCAGUUAGUGGCCCCGACGGAUUGAAUAACGUCACUCCUUCAUUUUCAGCAGCCUUAAACAAGAGACCGCCUAGGCUGUCCGUGGACUCUUCUGGUUCGCUCACGCCUUGGAAAAUGCCAAGUCCGAUUGUCAUAUCCAAGUCGCCUGGGUCUCCAUUACGGCCUCGACCCGAGGAUGUGAGCCCAAUCAGUGAACGGGCACCGUCACCAACGUUUGAGAGUGAAAUGCCAUCGAUAUCCAAAAUUCGCUCCGAACCCCGAACUGUGCAUGCAGACGUCGACUCCGGCCCGGCAAGGAACACUCGUCAGAAGAAGUCUACGCCAGCACGUAGAGGCAGGGCCCCUCCUAGUGCAGGAUCUUCUCCCAUGCGCGUUACUCGAAUCCGGAGCCAUAGUGCUCAAUCCAACGUAUCUCGUGACGAUGAAUCAAUCACUGAUUCUGGCUCUGUUUCUCAGCGAAAAAUAAAGCGUGAAAUACCGAGCACUCCUGCUGGAAUCUCAGAUGAUACAGAAAUGGAACCACGGACAUCGAGACGGCUCAAGGUCCCAAGCCAGAUCCAAGCGGACGAAAUCCAAUCAAAGGGAAGAGGGAAAAGGAAGCGGGGGCCUAGUGAAGGGGAAGACAUGACUCAACCACCUUCACGGCAAGCAUCGCAAUAUGUACAGUUUACCCGCAACUUCCCGCGAACAUGUGCACCAAUCAUGAACGAUGUCGCAUCGCAUAAGUACGCCUCCAUAUUUGCGAAGCCACUAACGGAGCGAGACGCCCCGGGUUAUAAGAACCUUAUUUACCGGCCCCAAGAUAUCAAGUCUAUAAAAUCCGCCAUCCAUCAGGGAAGCAAAGCAGUAGCAGCCGCCACAGAGGCUGUAAAUACUCCAAGUGGAGAAAACGUCGAGUCUCCCGGCCCUAUCCAAGGACAUGGCACCCCGUCGAAAACCAACGGCCUGUUACUAAAGAGAACCGCAGAGCUGAUCCCUCCCAAGGGCAUCGUCAAUUCGGCGCAACUAGAGAUGGAACUUGUUCGAAUGUUCGCGAACGCGGUGAUGUUUAACCCAACGCCGGACAAGACUUUCGGUUCAUCUUUCCCGAUGCAGAGCAAUUGGACUUCUCGAGAGGGGUCACAGGUUUCGGAUAUGGAUGAGGGCGGUAUCAUCAAUGACACGCUGAAGAUGUAUGAUGAUGUGGAGAAGGCAGUGUCCCGGUGGCGCGCGGCGGAGCGGGCUGUCGAUGAUGUUGGUGGUAAAAGUAUGUUAUCCCUGCGAAGGGGCAGUGCAAGUGAUAUUAAUAUGGACAGCGCGGAUGAAGUGAAGUGA